GCCUUAGCGAAGCGUCAACUACGGUCUGUUUUGAAGCUGGAAAUCUGGCAGAUGAAUUUCAGCUUGUACGUUAUUGCUUAGGUUUUCUUGAGCAACGAAAGUGUUUGACCUUGACGUGGGAGGUGCUGCUGUGAUGUUGGCUCCAGAAGUUCUAUCACAGAUGUUGAAGCUGAAGGAGAGGGCUUUUCAGAUUUGUGUAUGUGUGUUGGACAACUGAACUCCUGCCAAUACAGAGAUGCGUAGAGAAACAAGCUACACAGUGAUAAAUAGAGGAUCAAUGGAGUUUCCUGAAGAUUUUAAUCAGCUUGAACUACUGAAUACACAUGGACACCUGAUCCCCCAUGGGGCGAGUAGCCUGUGGACCGAGGAUGAAGUGGGGGGAGAUGAGGUGGAAGAGGAGGAGGGGGAGCACACUGAGGAGUGGUAUCUUCAGUGGGAGGAAAAGCUCAAAGACAGUCCAGAGGAGCUCAUUUUGUGGGCGGCGGAAAAUAAUCGCCUUUCAACGGUCCACAGGUUGUUGGCCUCUGACCCCGCGCUGACACGUUGCUGUGACGAGGACGGCUACACACCAUUGCACCGUGCGGCGUACAGUGGCCAUGUUGGUGUGGCUUCUGCCUUGCUUGCUGCUGGGUCUCAGGUUAACGCCCGCACCAUCGAUGGCUGGACACCCCUUCACAGUGCCUGCCGUUGGGGCCGUGUCACCGUGGCAACCCUAUUGCUGCAGCACGGGGCUGAACUCAAUGCCCAGACCAAUGGAGGGCUGACACCGCUCCACUUGGCUGCCUCCUACACCGGCCCCUCGCCAACAGACUCCGCCCACACAUUAGAGCUCCUCCUCUCUCAGCGGCACCUGAAGGCCGGGCUUCGCAGCAGCAGUGGGGAAACCGCUACUGAGGUGGCCCGCCGUAGUGGUCCACAUUACUUCCUGUUUGAGAUGGUGGAAGACUGUGGCAGUGUGCUACCUAUCAGCUGACAUCACACACACACACACACACACACACACACACACACACACACACACACAUACAUUUUGUUUUGGAAACAUGCACAUGAAUGUUUAUGUGUAUUGUAUUUGUUAAAACAAACCAAAUAAACACCUAAUAUAUGAAGGCA